AUGCCAGCAUGGAUUCAAAUCUCAAAGGAAAGUUUCCAGCACUCCAAGAGCCGAGGCUGUUCCGAGAGCCGAGGAGACCCGCUCAGUAUUAGUGUGGCGUUUCUAAUGAAGGAGCUUCAGGAGCAGCAGAAAUACAGAGGAUACCGGCACAGUCCUUCACUGAACGCUCUCAUACAAGUCCCGAAUUAUUCUGAGGUUGUUCUGUCGAUGUCCCUUUCCCCGGAGCUGCAGCCUGAGAUCUGCCCGCUCGGACACUUCCCGUGUGGAAACGUGAGUGUGUGUCUGCCGCAGCUGUUGCACUGUAACGGCCAUGAAGACUGUCCGAACGGAGCCGACGAGGAGCACUGUGGUGAUAACAGCGGCUGGGCAGAUUUCUUUGACCGGACGAUCAAAAGACCUUUUCCCCUCGACGUGCCCACUGACUGCUUGCUGCAGCACUUCCCGACUCGGUGCCAGUGCAUCGAACUGGAUCUCCAGUGUGUGCGCAUCGCUCUGACGUCCAUCCCGCUCAUGUCAGCUAAUGUGACGUCCUUGUCUCUGAAAAGCAACGAGAUCCGAGUGUUACCCGACUACGCCUUCAUCAGAUACACAGAACUACGACGACUAUUUCUGCAGGAUAACUGUAUAAGCUUCGUGUCUGAUCGAGCUUUUACCGGAUUAUUCAAACUACAGAAACUAUCGCUGAGUCAGAACUGCAUCAGUUUGUUGAAACACGGCGUCUUUGCUGACCUGCACCAGCUGAAGUGGCUGAUUUUGGAUGACAAUCCUUUAAAAAUGAUCACUGUGAACAUGUUCAGCGGCCUGAGGUCUCUCUUCUUCCUGUCGAUGGUGAACACCUCACUGGAACGACUUCCUUCAUCUAGACUCUGCAGGCACAUGCCCUCCCUCAACUGGCUGGAUUUUGAAGGAAACUGGAUUCAGAGGCUGAACUACUCGACACUGCUGUCCUGUGAUGAGCUAACGGUGCUAUCACUUCGAGGAAAUCAGAUCAUGAUGCUGCCGGAGAACACCUUCCAGUCUCUGCAUGUGCUGGGAGAAUUAGACCUUUCCAGUAACCAGAUUAUAGAGUUACCGUUCAGCAUCUUCAGGGGACUUCAUUCUCUCCAGAUACUGAAUUUGUCUCAGAACCCACUGAGCCACAUCCACCUGAACCAGUUUGAUCAUCUCACUCAGCUCCAGUCCCUGGGCCUGGAGGGAAUGGAGAUCCCUGACAUUCAGACCCGCAUGUUCCAGAUGAUGAAGAACCUCUCCUACAUUUACUUUAAGAAGUUCCAGUACUGCUCCUACGCUCCUCACGUCAGAAAGUGCAAACCCAACUCAGAUGGACUUUCGUCCUUCGAGGACCUGCUGGCCAGCGGGAUUUUGCGGGUGUCUGUCUGGGUCAUGGCUUUCGUCACGUGCUUCGGGAACCUGUUCGUCAUCGGCAUGAGAACCCUCAUCCGGGCGGAGAACAACCUGCAUGCCAUCUGCAUCAAGGUUUUGUGUUGUGCAGAUUGUCUGAUGGGCGUCUACCUGUUCUUCGUGGGCAUUUUUGAUGUGAAAUUCCGCGGACAGUACAACAAAAACGCUCACAUGUGGAUGGAGAGCCUGGAGUGUCGUACCAUUGGCUUCCUGGCCAUGCUCUCCUCAGAGGUGUCGGUCAUGCUCCUGACCUACCUGACCAUGGAGAAGUUUCUGGUCAUCGUGUUCCCACUGACACAUCUGAGACCGGGCAGGAAUCAGACCUUCACCAUUUUGGCUGUGAUCUGGGUGGUGGGCAUCUCCAUCGCGGCUGUGCCACUGAUGAGCGAUGAGCUGUUCGGGAACUAUUACGGGCGUAAUGGUGUCUGCUUCCCCCUGCACUCAGACCGGGUCGAGAAACCCACAGCGAAGGGAUAUUCCACCGGCAUAUUUCUGGGUCUCAAUCUGGUGGCCUUCCUCAUCAUCGUCAUCUCCUACUCCAGCAUGUUCUAUUCUAUUUAUAAGACGGGCAUUAAUGCCACUGAGGUUCGAACCCGGCUGCAUAAGGACGUCGCCGUGGCCAACCGCUUCUUCUUCAUCGUGUUCUCUGACGCCCUCUGCUGGAUCCCCAUAUUCCUGGUGAAAAUCCUCUCUUUGCUGGAGGUGGAGAUUCCAGGAACCAUCACAUCAUGGGUGGUGAUCUUCAUCCUGCCUAUCAACAGUGCCUUGAACCCUAUCCUGUACACGCUGACCACCAGUUUUUUCCGGGAGCAGGUGGAGCUCCUGCUUUGCCAGUGGCAAAGACACUCUGCCUUAAAAAAGGAGCGCAAGAGCUUAACCAGCUCGGUCGGAGAUAUGGACAUCUCCCGGCGUCCAUACUGCCCACGUGACUUUGUUACACGGACUUCCAUUUUAAACAUAGGCCUCAAUUUCAGAUGAAUGUGGCAGGAAGAGUAACAUGUGACUUUUACAACGUGAAGAUGGUUUAACGUGGUAAUGGUGGGAGAUGCACUGAGACUGCACUUUGGUUUGAUUCUUCAUGAGUCUGUAUGUUGAUGCAGGCGAUUACAUCUAAAAAUCUUAAAUCUAAUGUAUGGAUGUAUGUUGGAGCAGGUGGUCUUCAUAGCCUUCCAAUUAUCCACAGACAUGAUAUUCAUGUGCUCAUAUUCUGAAAUGCAUUUUUACAACCAUGGUAUUUUACCAAGUAAUAAACUGAAAUGCAUUCUCUGCAAGAUCU